CUUGCUUGCUUCAAAAUUAUUUCAAAACAAGAAAUACUCCGUUCUGAUACCCUCGCUAGUCCUUGACAAUGUGUGUAUUUUGAAAAAAUUUAGAAAGUUUAACAGGAAACACCCUAGAAGGUAAUUCUUUUCCUCACAAGUGUCUGUUUUCGACUUGUCAAAAACGAUACGAAUGUAGUUUUGCGAUCGUUCGGAAGUAAACAUGGCUGAAGAAAAUCGGAAUGAAUGGUCCGACAUUUUAAAAAGGAGAUUAGCAAACUCCAAUACAGAUGAAAGAAGCGAAGAGGAUAAAAAAUCUGAAGAAAUGGUGCUAUUUAGCAAAUAUUAUUCUGAAUGGAAGGGCGGAAGUGAAAAAAUGAAGUCCUACAAGAAAAUUCCACGAUUCUACUUCAGGCUACCAGCGGAGGAUGAAAUUUUGCUCCAGAAACUGAGAGAAGAAUCUAGAGCGGUGUUCCUCCAGAGGAAGAGCAGAGAGCUGUUGGAUCAUGAGGAACUUCAGAAUCUCUGGUUUCUGCUUGAGAAGCAUCAGGUGCCACCAGUCAAUAGUGAAGAGGCCAUGAUCAGCUAUGAAGCCUACCUGCAGGUGGGCGAAAUGGCUGGGCCCAAGUGCAACAAAUUCUUCACAGCCAGAAUUUAUGCCAAGCUUCUCCACAGCGACCCCUACGGCAGGAUCUCUAUCAUGCAGUUCUUCAAUUAUGUCAUGCGGAAAGUGUGGUUGCAUCAGACUCGGAUUGGACUGAGUCUUUAUGAUGUGGCGGGACAGGGCUUCCUCAGAGAGUCCGAUCUGGAAAACUAUAUAUUGGAGUUGAUACCAACACUACCUCAGCUGGAUGGACUAGAGAAGUCUUUUUACUCUUUUUAUGUCUGCACUGCUGUCCGCAAGUUUUUCUUUUUCCUGGACCCACUUCGUACAGGAAAGAUUAAAAUCCAGGACAUUUUGGCAUGCAGUUUUCUGGAUGAUUUGUUAGAGUUAAGAGAUGAGGAGCUGUCAAAAGAGAGUCAGGAGUCCAAUUGGUUCUCAGCACCUUCAGCGCUUAGAGUCUAUGGCCAGUAUCUCAACCUGGAUAAGGACCACAAUGGUAUGUUGAGCAAGGAGGAGCUGUCACGCUAUGGCACAGCCACCCUCACCUCAGUCUUUCUUGAACGAGUGUUUCAGGAGUGCCUCACUUAUGACGGAGAAAUGGAUUAUAAGACUUAUUUGGACUUUGUCUUGGCAUUGGAAAACAAGAAGGAGCCAGCAGCAUUGCAGUACAUUUUUAAACUUUUAGACAUGGACAAUCAAGGGUACCUCAAUGUCUUCUCCCUCAACUAUUUCUUCAGGGCUAUCCAAGAACAGAUGAAAGUACACUGUCAAGUGCCCGUCUCCUUCCAGGAUGUUAAGGAUGAAAUCUUUGACAUGGUGAAACCUAAAGACCCCUGUAAGAUCACACUCCAGGACUUGGUGAACAGUUGCCAGGGUGACAUAGUCACCAGCAUCCUGAUUGACCUCAAUGGCUUCUGGACAUACGAGAACAGAGAGUUGCCUGUUGCCAACGAUGGCGACGGCAUCAACGCAGCCAGUCAUGAUGACUACUGAACAAGAUGAUCAGUAUGUUGGAUGUUUGCACUCCUCAAUACGUCAAAUGCCUCUGAUACCCUUUUGGUGUGCAUCUCUAUAUGCUACAUUUUUGCUGUAUAAACAUAGACGCACUUUCUGAACGUUUUCAAAUAAAUAUCCGUCCACAAAAAAAUCUUGAUUUGCAUUUUUGUUGGCCAUAACACUCCAAAGGAAGAAGUUGAGUUGCUGCAUUUGCAUUGUGGAUGGAAUCAUGUUGAAGGAAUCUCAUCACAAUCUCUAACCAGCGGCAGUUGUUCGUGGGGAAAAAACAUGAAUUUCAUGACAACAGGAUUGAAUAUGGCGUGGCUCAGUGGUAGAGUAGUUGUUUCCCAACCUGG